AUGUCGAAGAAUGAAUCAGGGCUGCAAGGCUUGCAGAACCAGCUCGAGAUCUCGAGUGCUGACUUUGCAUUCUCAGCGUCUACAGAAGCAUCCACGCCCCCUACCUCAGUGUUCGAUUCUGAGGAAAAGGCUCUACUGGUCAACACAAAGAAUGGCCUAAUCAAAGGCCGCCUUACUGAAACUCUAAACAGCAUUAUUGACGUGGUUGAAGACUUUGACGUGCGAGAAAGCCAUAACUCGGAGUCCGUCUUGGAUUCUGUCUUGGAGUCCAUAUACUUCGAGCUAGAUAGCAAUCAGAAAGAGAGAGUCUACAGGUUUUGUUACAAAGUUGUCGACUUACACUUCGACGAAGAACUCGACAGAACCUCGACUAAGUGUGAGGAACCUGUCCUUACUACGGAGGGUGGUCAGGCCACGGACGAUAUCACCUCAGAGCUCAUGGAGGAUGCUGGAGUUGAGGCCUCGUCACUUGAAAGCCAACAGCGAAACACUCAUGCGGGUCCUACCGAUGCAAAAGAACCCAACAAAGGUUCGGCUCAGCAAAAGGAGUCUAUCUCUACAAUAUACAAAGAUGAUCAGGCCACAGCAGACGAUGAGUUGGAACUCAUGCGUGAUGCAGGGUCUCAGUCUCCAUCACUCGAAAGCCAGCGCGGAAGCUUUCAAGGGGACGCUGCGGAUGCGGGAGAGUUCCCAUGGUCCGAGACAAAAGCUUCAGGAUCAGAGUAUUCUCGCGAUCCAGGCUCAAUGCGGCCCCUAGAUGCUCUCUUUGUCUCACAGGAUGCUUCCAACAUUCGCAUGUCACACCUCGCCAAAGCAAAUCAGCGACCUGAAAUCCGACAGAGUUCAGUCGUGGAUGCUGCUGCCUGUGCAACUGAAUGCACCGGUGAGCACAAACAAACACCAAAGAAACCCACAGAUGCAUCGAAGACGGAUGACACCACCACGCAAAUUACUGAUGGGGAGAUGUUGAAUAUAUCCAAGAAUAGCUCCAAAACCACCACUACCAACGCGUCUACCGGGGAAGAAACACUCUGCGCUACGUCACAAAGCGACAAGGGGCAGGACACUUUUAUCCAUGCUCUGGAAGUGAAGUCCAUCGGGGUAUUUAUUCAAGAUGCUUAUAACGAGUUAGAAUAUUUCGCUACAGAUACUGCAGACCAAAAGUUGUCUCAAUCAUGGCAGCUGUGGAAGCAUGAGUCGUCGACCUACUCGGAUGGUUCGAUGCUUCUCGAAGUAUUGGACCAUGCAUAUAAAAAGACUCGGAUAGCAACCUUCCACUACGCUUUCACGGCCAUGCACGCUGCUACAUGGUUCAACAAUAGGAAGUCGCUGCUGACUGACCAAGGAGAAGUUUCAAAACCAUCGCUGAAGUCAAGUGAGAUUCUUGACAUGUUCACCGGUCCUAAGCCCCAGGAAAGAACGGAGCAUUCGAAUUGGGAGGAGAAACGGAAGCGCUGCUCAACACAUCUUACGCGUGGGCGUAAAUUGCUCAAACUGGUCCAAAAUUUUGGUCAGGGCAUUUUGUUCACGGGUGUUUGGCAGCUUGCUAAGUGCAAAGAAGCCGGCAUUGACCGUUUAAUAGACUACCUGAAGCAAGAUGCUCCGAAAAAGUUGGUACUCAAUGUUCUGGAUCGCCAAAUGGAGGACCUGAUACAAUUCGGGAAAACCGCCCCAGACCAAUUCUACGCCUGCUUGAUAAAGGAAGCAAGCGACCAAAACAUUGACCUAGGAAUUGGUCUCGAAUCAAAGCAAGGGCAACCAAGAGACGCUGUCAUUUCUGAAGCGGUAAACUCGUUGAUAUGUGAAAUUAUGGACAGAACCUCAAGCGAAACACUCGUCCUUACCGGCAUGAGAUCUAAGGUCACUCUAGAUCAAGACUCGAUACGUCCAAUCGAUCCAGACAAAUCGAAGCGCGUUGGCGUUCCUAACGGGUGGAUUGACAGCAAUGUUAUCCUGGCAUGCAUGCACUUAUCUUACCACCAGCCAGGCGUCAAAGUUGGCUGGUCAAUCGAUAUUCAUCAACAAAACAACAAAAAAACUGUUUACAAGCCGUUUAACAGAGCACUGGUCGAACUUAAAAAGUGGCGCAAAGAAACAAAAGAGGGGGUGAAGUUGGUCGCCUUCUUCCCGUUGUUUCAACACAACAAUCACUUUAGCCUCCUUGAGAUCGAUGAUGGUGACAAGUGCCUAUAUCACUACGAUUCUCUCCCCACGACAGCUCAGGGCGACGUUAUGUCUGCUUGCAAGGACCAAUUCUCGGAGUAUAACUACGUUGAGCCACACGUGUUUCAGCAAGAAGAUGGUCACAGCUGUGGUCCAUGGGUAAUCCACACGGCCAGACAACGAAUGGCUGGCAUGUCCAUCCAGCCAGGUAGGUAUGGCGAUGGCUUCGCUCUCAGGAUAAGGGAAGACGUGAAGUGA